GACCACCAUCUCUUUCUUUAUCUCCCAUCAUCCUCCUCUUGCUGGCUGCUGCGCAACUAUUUCAUUCUCCACAAUCUUCCAAACCAAGAGAAUUCAUGGAAAGUGAGAUUCACAAUGUUUAUUCUCCUUGUCGUACUCUGAUAUGCUCACAAUGAAACAUAAGACGACAGCGUUUCGCCUCUGGUUAAUGGUUCUCGCCCAUGGCUUAUGUUGAGAACUUGACAUCAAGAGUAAUCCGGGGAAUCGUUAUCUUCUUAAUCAUCUGCUUCUUCUCCUUCUUUUUUCUCGCUAUAGUUCACAAAAGGUGUUUGGGAUUUUUUCUGGUUAUCAGAUAUGACCAUGGUUCCUGCCGAAAAACUUUCCAAACAACAUCAUCUUCCUCACGACGGCGGUUUUUAUGGUUUUGAUUGCGGUAGAAGUUACACGGAGAGUUUGGGUCUUAUGAGAAGUGUUCACGGGCAUGACUAUCAAAACGAAGCUUACUUAGUAGUAUCUGAUCUAGUAGUUGCUAAUUCCAUGGCUGAAGAUGAAUCGAGGACUAACAGUGAUAACAAUAAUCAAGAACAAGAAGAACGAGAUAAAGGUUGGCUCCAACUCAGUAUAGGGGGUCAGACUCAGGCAACAAGAACAUACGAUGAAUAUUAUCACAACAAGAACGGACGAGGAGGGUCGACGUUGACGGAGCUCGGUCUAUUACCCGGUGGUGGCUCACAGUCACCAGAAGCAAGGCCAUUAGCCCCUUUUUUUCGCAUGCCCGAGUUUCGACCUCCACCACGUCCAACGGUUAUCAAUAGUUUUAGUACUUUAUUCCUUCAACAACACCAGCAAGGAAGUAGCUCCAUGAUCCCUCAUCAUGGGGAGAUUAACCGGGCAUUUAAGCCGAUCGCACCGAGUUCUUCUUCUUCUUCGUUGGCGCCCUAUUUUGUCAGACCAUUUCAGGUGCAAUCAAUGGAUGUUGCCGGGCCGAGCUCAGAAGUUAGAAUCAUCGAUCCUCCUAGAAGGCUCCAUUCUGGCAUUUGGUUUAUGCUACAAGCAUCACACAAUCAAGCAAAAGAACCAUUCUUGCCUCAAAUACCAAAGAGCUAUCUGAGAAUGAAGGAUGGGAAGAUGACAGUGCGGUUAAUAAUGAAGUAUCUGGCUAACAAGCUCAGACUGGAUAGCGAAUCAGAGAUAGAGAUAAGAUGCAGAGGGCAUCAGCUUGAACCAUUGCUGACGUUGCAGCAUGUAAGAGAUCAAAUAUGGAGUUCAACUUCAAGACAAGCUCACUCUUUGCUUCCAGAUUAUACUUCAACGCCGCCUGAUAUUAACCAUAAUAAUAACAAUGUCAUGAUUCUGCAUUAUGGUAGGAGCUAGGGCUUCAAAUAUUCAAAAACACCCGCACUAUCCUUAUUUUUUUCAUAAUUUAAUUGCUUCUUUUCUAUAUAUAUAAUUGUGAUGAAU